CCUCAAAAGUUUUCAUGAAAGGGACAACACAAAGCUCCAUGAAGAUGUUGCCAUGGGGUUGUCAAAGACUGAACAGAAGCUCUGCAACUUUUUCAGCCGAAUUGAAAUCAUGGGGAAAAGGGGCAGAAAGGUUGCAGUUCUGCUCACACCAAGUGUGGUGGAUGCUUUGUCACUACUUGCCAGUAGAAGAACUGAAUGUGGCGUUUGUGCCACAAAUGUCUUCCUGUUUGCAAGACCAACGUCAAUGAGCCACUACAGAGGACAGGACUGUUUGCGUGUUCAUGCAAGCCAGUGUGGAGCAAAGCACCCGGAGUACCUCAGGUCAACACAACUCAGGAAACAUGUUGCCACACUCUCACAAGUCCUUAAUUUAAAAAACAAUGAACUUGAUCAGGUUGCAGACUUCCUGGGUCACGACAUCCGUGUUCACCGCGACUUCUACAGAUUACCAGUUCCCACAACACAACUGGCUAAGAUUUCCAAACUGCUUUUGUCAAUGGAGAAAGGACACCUUUCCAGCAUGCAGGGGAAGUCACUGGAUGAGAUUGAAAUUGAAGAUGAGAUUACGUUAAGUGACGCUGAAGACAGUGGGAGCGAAUCUGAUAACGGCAACACAGAAGUCACAGCAACAGAGUUUGGAACUGUGGAGCCUGUGGAUAUUGACUCUACAACCACAGAGCGAGGCCAUGACAUUGGAGGCUCUGGAUCAGUGUCAUUUGUGUCGUCCACAGUAAAUGAAAGUGUACUUCCCUCUGAAGGGAAUUAUGCUGAUAAAGAACAUGGAUCCAGAAGAGUGGCAAAGAAAGUGUGGUCUAAGGCUGAGGUCGCCGCAGUAAUGCGACACUUCAAAGAUCAUAUAAGCAGGGGAAAACUGGCCACCAAAACUGAAUGCAGUCACUGCAAACUGGUGGAAGACCCUGUGUUGGCACAAAGAACAGUGCAAAAUAUAAGGGACUUUGUUAGAAAUAGAGGAAUAACUGCAAAGAGGCAGUCACAAAACGAAAAGAUUUAAAUACACUGACAGUUGUGGUGGUGUGUUUGUGUUAAUAUGUU